AUUCUGAGUUCCUCUGCAUUUUCCCACCUUCCCAUUUCCCAUUUACCAUUGCAUUUCAUCCACCACCUUAUCCUCAAUUCCCAAUUCCACAAUUCUUUACUAGAACCCUCUAAAACCCCUCUAUUUUCUCCCUCUCCAUCAACUUCAAUGGCGUCCAAUCAAAUCCGCCAUUAAAGCUCACAUAACAAUCCUCAAAACUCCAUCUUUUUCCUCUCAUUUCUCUUCUUACAAUGGACCUCUCAUCCCCUUUUAAACCCAUCUCAAAAAGCACUGAUAUUUCCUUUACUUCAUCCUUCCCAUCAUUUUCUCUCCAAAUUCCCAUCAAAAAACUCCAAUCCACUUUCCAUUAUCACCAAAUUCUAGCUGUUUCAUCCAUAGACCCUCAAGAACUCCCUAAAACUAGCCCUCAAAGACUCCUAAAAGAACUAGCUGAAAGGAAAAAAAUAAUAUCCCCAAAGAAAAAAGCACCCCCUAGAAAAUACAUCCUUAAACCACCCUUAGAUGAUGCAAAACUAGCUCAAAGAUUCUUAAAUAGUCCUCAAAUGUCCCUUAAACAAUUCCCAUUAUUGAGUUCUUGUUUACCCUCUUCAAAGCUUAAUCAAAAUGAUAAAAUUUGGAUUGAUGAUUAUUUGUUUGAGGUUAAACAAGCUUUAGGGUACCCUUUAGAGAGUUCUGAGAUUUUAGGGGAUGAUAAUCCUGCUAAACAAUUUGAUACUUUAUUGUAUUUAGCAUUUCAACACCCUCAUUAUGUUUCAUGUUCAAGGGUUAAUGCUAAACAUGUGAAAUAUGGGCAUUCUAGGUUGAUGUUUUUGGGUCAAUUCGUGCUCGAAUUGGGGUUUGCGGAGUUUUUCUUGCAGAGAUAUCCGAGGGAGUCUCCGGGACCGAUGAGGGAAAGAGUGUUUGCUUUGAUAGGGAAAAGGUUUUUGCCUAAGUGGAUUAAAGCUGCUAGUUUGCAUAAUUUGGUGUUUCCUUUUGAUGACAUUGAUAAAUUGAGGCGCCCUGAGAAAGAGCCUGCUUCAAAGUCUGUUUUCUGGGCUUUGUUUGGUGCUAUAUACUUGUGUUAUGGGAUGCCGGAAGUUUAUCGUGUACUAUUUGAAGUGUUUGGGAUGGAUCCAGAAGAUGAAGAAUGCCAACCAAAGAAAAGAAGACAACUCGAAGAUGUUGAUUAUGUUUCUGUGGAAUUUGAAGGCAGAAAACUCAAUUGGCAAGAUGUAGCUACCUAUAGGCCUCCCGAGGAUGCUCUUUUUGCUCAUCCGAGGGUUUUUAGAGCUUGUGUGCCCCCAGGCAUGCAUCGGUUCAGAGGAAACAUAUGGGAUUUCGAUAGCAGACCACAAGUUAUGAAAAUAUUGGGUUAUCCUUUGCCAAAGAAUGAUCGACUUCCAGAGAUCACUGAAGCAAGGAAUGUCGAGCUUGGACUUGGGCUGCAGCUAUGUUUCCUACAUCCAUCGAAAUACAAGUUUGAACAUCCUAGGUUCUGUUUUGAGCGACUUGAGUAUCUUGGCCAAAAGAUUCAGGAUCUUGUGAUGGCUGAGAGGCUACUAAUGAAACAUUUGGAUGCUCCUGGGAAGUGGCUUGAAGAGAAGCAUCGUCGUGUCCUUAUGAACAAGUUCUGUGGAAAGUACUUGCGGGAAAAGUAUCUUCACCGAUUUAUCAUAUACUCUGACCAGGUUCAAGACGCUUACGAGCACAACCGCAGACUAAGAAAUCCCGCCACACAAUCUGUUUGUCAAGCAAUUCACGGUCUCUCAUAUGCAGUUUACGGUAAGCCAGAUGUGAGACGCCUUAUGUUUGAAGUCUUCGACUUUGAGCAAAUACAACCAAAACCCGUAUGAAUUUACUUCCUGUAGAUUUGGAUAAAAAAAAUCGUGUAUCGUUUAGUUCCAAUUUUUUUCUAUGGGGGUUUAACCAUGUAAAGAUAUGUAUCGUAAUUUGAAGAAAAAAAUAUAUCCAUGGUGUUUAUACUCCAUACACCAACUGUACAAGUGCAGUAGUGUACAUUGUCAUAAGUACUUUUCAUAGAGUGAUUAUACAAGUUUCAGAAAAUUAAAUUGUUAA